AUGCCCUUCACAAAUGGGGAGGGCAACAUGCUCCACCUCAACCAAAAACAAUUUGACUUCAACCUUCAAUUUGAGAGUCUCUUUUUCUCGAUUAUUCCCUCCAUCUUGUUUAUUCCAUCAUCGCUAUGGCGAACUCUAACACGGAUACGCAAGCCCGUCGUGGUGAAUGCGCCCCUUCUGCAGUUCAUCAAAACAGGUGCCAUCGUAAUCUACGCUGGCUUGGAACUUGCUCUCCUCAUUUUCGCCGCGGUCGGAUCCUUCCAUAUUAGCCGCAUGUUCAUCGCUUCUUCCAUCCUUCAGCUGCUAUCGGCCCUCUUCAUGCUCACGAUGAGUGUGGUGGACCACAGCCGCAGCCCUAGACCCUCGAUGCUGCUCAACAGCUACUUAUUUCUUACCCUUCUCCUGGACAUUUCCCGAGCAAGAACUCUAUUCCUGUCGUCAGACCAUGAUUUCGAGGUCGCGUAUAGCAGUAUUUUCUGUGCAUCGGUCGGGCUCAAGACCGCUAUCCUGGUAUUGGAGGCCUGGCAAAAGGCGAGAUGGGUGACCUGGGAUGCAACGAAACACAGCCCCGAAGAAACGAGCGGAAUAUUCUCCCUAGGCGUUUUCUUCUGGCUAAACAAGCUCUUUUUGGCUGGUUAUAGACAUACCUUCACCAUCGAAAGCCUCUACCCGCUCGAUAGCACUUUCGCCGCACAAGCGCUGCAUGAGGAAUUCGCAAAGAAGAUGGACUACAAUAAACUGAAGGGGGAUAAAUUCGGCCUUCUGAAGGUACUAGUACGUACACUGUGGGUGCAACUGCUCCUGCCUAUUCCUCCGCGGGCGGCUUUGAUUGCGUUCUACAUCUGCCAACCUCUAUUUAUCGAGAGUCUCGUCACGUAUCUGUCUCAGGCAGAGCCCGAUCCGAAUGCAGGAUAUGGGCUUAUCGGCGCUGCCAUACUCAUCUACUCCGGGAUUGGAAUCUCCUACGGCUUGUACUGGUACUGCCACCACCGACUGCGAACAAUGGUCCGCUCCAUACUAGUCACCGAGACGUUUAGAGCCGCCACGAGAGCUCGGCUGGGAUCAGGUGACGAUAGCGCUGCGCUGACACUCAUGAGCACCGAUAUGGAACGCAUCCGAAUGGGUCUUCGCUUCGUGCACGAGACAUGGGCGAGCUUGAUUCAGGCCGGUAUCGCCGCCUGGAUGCUCUAUCGGCAACUCGGGGUAGUGUUCGUGGCCCCCGUAGGCGUGGUGAUAGUUUGCUUCGUUGGAUUAGGAAUCCUAAUCAACUUCACCGGGGACUCACAGCGAUCCUGGAUGUCCGGGGUGCAGAAGCGAGUUGGGCUUACAGCCACCGUCAUCGCCAGCAUGAAACCACUCAAGAUAUCCGGCCUCGCUGGUCCCGUGGCAGCGUACGUGCAGCAGCUCCGUGUCGACGAACUAGCCGCUGGUGCCCGAUACCGCAGGAUAAUGAUUAUCGCCGCCGUCUUCGCUUUUAUGCCGCAGUUGAUCAGCCCUCCGCUGACCUUCGCCUUUGCCCAGAAGACGCUAAAUGCUUCGACCAUGUUCACCGGUCUUUCAUUCCUGACUCUGUUGACUCAGCCGCUGUCGCAGCUCUUCCAGUCCGUCCCAGAGCUUGUUUCGGGCCUGGCCUGCUUGGGUCGGAUUCAAGCAUUUUUGGAACUGGAGCCUCGUCGGGACUAUCGACAGCCCAUGGUCGAAGCCCAGACCCGCGGCAUGGAGAAGAAUUCCAACUCCAUUGUCAUUCGAGACGCGAAAUUUGGAUGGAAAGCAGACAAGUUUGUCUUGAACAAUAUCAAUACUCAUAUCCCCGGUUCGGCCCUUACGAUGGUCGUCGGCCCUGUCGGCUCUGGUAAAUCCACGUUCUGCAAGGCCCUUCUAGGUGAAAUGCCCUUCAGCGAAGGUAGCAUCGCUACGCAGACUUCCCCACGCCACGUCGGCUUCUGUGAACAAACCGCUUUUCUCUGGAAUGGUACGAUCCGAGAGAACAUCAUCGGAUUCACUCCUUUUGACCGCGAGCGGUAUGACCAAGUCAUUGAAGCCACUUCCCUGCGCUUCGAUCUUGCCACUCUAUCCCAGGGGGAUCAGACGAACAUCGGGUCGGAUGGUGUAGCGUUGUCGGGCGGGCAGAAGCAGCGUCUGUCUCUUGCGCGAGCAUUAUACUUACCGUCCGACCUUUUGGUCUUGGACGAUGUAUUUAGCGGCCUGGACGCUGAUACCGAGGAGAAAGUCUUUCGUCAGGUCUUUGGACCGGAUGGUCUCAUGCGACGACGGGGGUCGACGGUGGUCUUGUGCACCCACAGUGUUCGGCAUCUCCCGACUGCGGACUACAUCAUUGCGCUCGGAAAUGGCAGCGUUGCAGAGCAGGGCACCUUCGUCGAUUUGUCGACCCGCGGGGGUUAUGUUCAGUGUUUGGAGGUGGGACUAAAGCAGGGAGGCGAGGAUAUCAUUGCUGGCGAUGAGCCUAGUCCUGGCCUUCAUCCCGAAAAUGAGAGCCAACCGGGGGCUGACAAGAAACUCGAACGUGCGAUCACUGUCCACAGCACGCAAUCAUCUACCCCAAUUGCCCCAGCCGCGGCCGCCGCGCGGCAGGUAGGUGACGCCACCGUCUAUAAGCUAUAUCUCAAAAGCAUGGGAUGGUUUGUGGCGGUUUGUAGCCUUUUCUUUGCGGCCCUGUGGGGUCUGUUCACCAAUUACCCAACCAUCUGGCUCACAUACUGGAGUGACGCCGCCGAGUCCACUCAUCCUGCACACUCCGACUCCUACUAUGCGGGGAUCUAUGCCGUCUUGCAGAUCUGUGCCAUCAUAGCCCUCCUCCUCCUGGGGGUAACACUCUUCAUCAUCUCUGUAAAGAAAGCCGGCGCCAACCUCCACCAGCAAGCCCUACGUACUCUAAUUCGUGCACCACUCGCCUUCUUCACUAAUACCGACACCGGGGUGGUCACGAACCUCUUCUCCCAAGAUCUCAACCUGAUCGACACCGAACUCCCCGAGGCGACCCUCAACACCCUCUUUUGCGUCUUUCAGUCGAUCGGCCAAGCCGCGGUGAUGCUCACCUCAUCGGUCUACCUGGCCAUCAGCUACCCGAUCCUAGGCGCGUUGCUCUACUUCGUGCAAAAGUACUACCUCCGCACGUCGCGACAGCUGCGACUGCUCGACCUAGAGGCCAAGAGCCCGCUCUACACCCAUUUUCUUGACACUCUCAAAGGAAUCGCCACACUGCGCGCCUUCGGGUUCGUCCCGGAGGACAUCCACAAGAACGCCCGUCUCGUGGACUCCAGCCAGCGCGCGGCGUAUCUGCUCCUUAUGAUUCAGGAGUGGCUGAAUCUGGUUCUUAAUCUUGUUGUAAUGGUCAUCGCGGCGGUCCUGACGACGCUGGCUGUCCGGCUGCAUUCUAACUCGGCCUUCGCCGGUGCAUCCAUGUACUCGCUCAUGACCUUCGGCGAGAGCUUAUCCGGGAUCGUGAUUUAUUACACCCGACUCGAGACCUCCAUCGGCGCGAUCGCCAGACUGAAGACCUUCAACGAGACCGUCAUGCCGGAGGACCGUGACGCUCCCGGAGAGGAGGACAUCGUGCCAGACGCCAAGUGGCCGGAUCGCGGGCUGGUCGAGUUGCGUGGUGUAUCCGCCAGAUAUCAGUCUACCACCGGGUCUGAAUCCGACUCUGAGUCCGAUUCUAACUCCGUGAGAGUCUCUGGCGCCACGACCAAAUUGCAAACCUUAGCUCUCAGGAAUAUCACCUUCACCAUCUACCCAGGGGAAAAGGUUGCCAUCUGCGGCCGCACCGGCAGCGGCAAAUCCAGCUUCCUCGCUCUCCUGUUGAAGCUCCUCGAUCCACUGCCGGCCCCGAUCGACCCCGAGAGCAACCUUGGUGAUGGCCAAGACCAGAGGUCUCCGAUUCUGAUCGACAAACUCCCGCUGCACCGCAUCCACCGUGCGACCCUUCGCGAACGCCUCAUCGCCGUCCCCCAGGACCCGGUUUUCCUGCCCGACGGCUCGUCCUUCCUGGCGAAUCUCGACCCAACCAAUACAGCCACCCAGGCGGAAUGCCAGCAGGUUCUAGAAGCGGUCCGGAUGUGGGAGUUCGUGCAAGAACGGACGGAGGGGCUGUUGGCACCGGUCACGGCGGGGACCAUGAGCGCCGGGCAGAGGCAGCUUUUCUCGCUGGGACGGGCUGUUCUCCGUGCUAAGAUCCGCCAGCGUGCACAUUCUCCUUCCUCCCCGGACGCGGGAUCCAGCAGUGCAGAGCAAAGGGGGAUCCUCCUCUUGGAUGAGGUCAGCUCCAGCGUGGACCGCGAGACCGAGCGGACGAUGCAGGAGAUCAUUCGGGCAGAGUUCGAGGCGUACACGAUUCUUGCGGUUAGCCAUCGGCUCGAAAUGAUUAUGGACUUUGACCAGGUGGUGGUGAUGGACCGUGGGGAGGUGGUCGAGGUGGGGAAUCCCGUAGCCCUAAAAGAGGCGCCUGGGACGAGGUUCGGGGAACUAGUGGCCGCUGCUGGUGCGUAA